AUGGUUAAUAUUAUUACACGAAUAAUAAGAAUUGGUAAGAAGAAACUUGGGUUAAGAAAAAAACGCAAAGUCAUCUCAGUAGAUUAUGGAACACAAACAAACAAAUUGACAGAUGAUAUAAACGGUCAAAUAAAAUCUGUUCCAGAAGCACAUAUUUUGGAGUCACAGAAUAAGGAAGUUCAAGACAUUGCAGUUCAGACAUCUUUAUUAACCUCUGAGAAACUUACUCAGACUAAUAUUAAACUUAUGUUUAAUGUGUCUGAGACACAAACAGAAUUGUCCUUACUGAAUUCAUUAAAUUGUGAAACACAAACUGACGUCUCAUUAGAAAAUAUUAUUUCAAAUAAAAAAUCUUUGCACGAGCGUCAUGAUUCAAUGUCAAUAUUAAAAAAUUAUAUGCACACUGGUUCUCAGUGUUGUCUCAUACCUACUACAAAUGAGCCCAUUUUAGACACUAUAAAGGAAUUAUCUUUAAAAGGUACGUUUAAUUUACAAGAAGUAAUUAAUCCUUCAACGACACUUAAUGACGCUCAAGAAAAGACUGAACCGUAUGUGACAAAAAAACACAUAACCACUGAAGGUAAAUUUGAACAAAUUUCUAAUAGAAAUAUCACAUUAGUUGAUGAAAUUAUAGAACAUGAUUUGAAGUCAUGUAUUUCGUUUCCUUUAGAAGCAUCUAAAGAAGUAGAUGCGGUGUAUGAUUGGUCAAAUGCUGUAGAGGACUUUAAUAAAACAUACUUGAAUGAAGGUGUAGUGAACAAGCAGAACGGAUCUCAGGUCGACAAUGGUCUACAAUUCUAUACUCUGGAUAAUGUUCCUCAACUUCAGUUAAGAAAUAAUUAUGAUUAUAGCAUGAGAGUGCUGUACUGUCAAGCAGAUUUUUUUCGCAUGACAAGAGUCAAAAAUGAACAAAUAAUAAGAACCAUGGAAAAUAUUAUGAAUGUAUAUUAUAAACAUACACAAGAUUGUAAUUUUAAACCACGACGUGAUGAACUUUGUGCCGUUAAAUAUAGUGACGGUAACUGGUAUAGAGGAGUUUGUACUGGUGUUGAAAAUAGUGUGGAUGGAAGUCAAUUUUAUAAUAUUAAUUUAAUCGAUUGGGGAGAAACGAUUUCUGUAAUCAGCUGAACUGCGUAGAUUGGAAACGUUUUAUAUGAAACACGCGCCUUUGGCAGUCAAAUGCAUUCNGUUUUAU